AUGGAGCUGGACGCGGCGCGGCCGCCUCAGAUGCGCUCCCUGUCAAGCCUGCUAACGCCGCACUACAUACUGCUCGUCAACGGGCGGCUGGCGAUGAUGAGCAUGGUUGGGGGCGUGGGCGGCGAGCUGCUGCUCCGCAAGCCCUUUGCGGCGCUGCUGCUGCUGGCGCCGCCGGCUGUGCUGGGCCUGAUGGUCCUGCUGUCAGUGGCCUCCAUUAUCCCCUUCAUGCUGGGGGAGGAGGAGGGCGAUGAGGUGUUUGGUCCCUUCACACCGGCUGCAGAGGCACUGAACGGCAAGGUGGCCAUGGCGGCCCUCAUCGCGACCUUUGCCAUCGAGGCGGCCAAGGGCUCCCCCAUCUUCUGA